GUUGACAGAGCGCAGUGCGUUGCCUCGAGUUCAGUGUUUGCAAAUAUAGAGUGAUCUCAACAGCAGAAAGACGCGGACUAGCAGACUCAGAGCAAGCAAAGCGACGGCUGCAGUGCGUUGCUGUUGCAUGAAGAGGACGCUUACUUAUCACACUUGAUCUUGAUUCGAGAAGAUAUUUUAGUCAAUUUUGCCUAACAUUUGGGAUUGCAAUGGAUGUUCUACCAAUGUGCAGCAUUUUUCAGGAACUUCAGAUCGUUCACGACACUGGCUAUUUCUCUGCAUUGCCAUCGCUUGAAGAAUACUGGCAACAGACAUGUUUGGAGCUGGAGAGAUACUUGCAGAGCGAGCCAUAUGUAUCUGCCUCAGACCUCAAGUUUGAUGGCCAGGAGGAUCUCUGGAGCAAGCUCAUCUUGGCUUGUGGAGAUAAGGGAGAUGGGAACGGCAACCUUCCGACCAUCAAGGAGGACGAAAAUCAGGACUGCCAAAUAUUAGAAACCAACUCUGAUGCCAGCAGCGAGGCUUCCGACAGCUCAGAGGAGCUCUCGCCCACUCACAUCUUCACCUCCAACCCACUGGGCUCGGUUCUGACCGAGUCAGUGCAUCACUUGAGUUCCUCCAUCAUCAGCACACCACCGUCCUCCCCAGAGACCCUCCAGGAGCCCGGCGUCCCACAGGUUUGGAGCGCCGUGCAGACUAUCUUGCACGUGCCUGUGAAGAUCCGGCCGAACGGGUUGGGGAAGGCCUCAGAUAAGACUUCCGCAGGAGGGGAUUCCUCUCCGGACGGCAGAAGGAGAGUACACAGGUGUCAUUUCAAUGGCUGCCGGAAGGUUUACACAAAGAGUUCUCACUUAAAAGCACAUCAGCGUACUCACACAGGUGAGAAACCAUACAGGUGUUCAUGGGAAGGUUGCGAAUGGCGCUUCGCAAGAAGUGACGAACUCACCCGACACUUCAGGAAGCACACCGGUGCAAAGCCAUUUAAAUGCAGUCACUGUGACAGGUGUUUCUCCCGGUCAGACCACCUGGCCCUGCACAUGAAGAGGCACCUUUGAGCGGGCUGUAGCUUCACACUGGGGAUCUGUUGUGUCCUAACCAGCUUCCUGGUUGACCUGGCCCUGCAAGAUGUGGGGGGAGUGUGUUCCAGCCAAAGCAUGCCAUUUUGCACCAUAUCUUGUGUCUCCGUGAGCCCCGGGAUAAAGCGGAUUGACUGGUUGUUGAAACGAAAAAGGAAGGGACAAAAUCGUGAAUGAAGAAUCAAAGAGGAUGAUUUCUAAAAAAAAACAUAAAAAAAUAACAAAAAAAAGUUUCCAAAAAAAGAGCGAAUGAAUGGUGUUUUGUAUGGUGCAUGAUUUGGGACAACUCCGGGACUGUACACUGGUACUUUUACAACAAAAUCCUGUUUGACGUGAGCGGAUGAAUGUACCGUAUGCGAGGAAGGGGUGGGAGGGGGGUACCAGUGUAUUGCUUUUGGGCUGAAUGGUGUCGGGGAACAAGUUCCGUUAUUGUUUCCACUUGGUAUGCGAGAACAGCGGAGUCUGAGUGAAGCCACGAGACUGAGAAUUCCUGCCAGAUGCCUCUGGGCUCUGUGUCGCAAGAUUUUGGAGGGGCUUCGCAGGCAUGGUUUCGCCCCCUGCCCCUGGGGCGGUACCUCAGUCCUGAAUGAAAGUGGCUUUUUUUUUUUGGUUUCAGUGCAGCUACUAAAUGUGCAAUGUGUUCAGUAGCUUGUCCUUUGGCAGGCUACAAAAAGCUCAUUCUUAGUCCAUUGUAUAAGCUGUGUGCUUAGAGAUGUAACACAAUUUUAACUUCACUAUCAUAAACAAGUGUUGCAUGGUAUUUGGGUUUGUACUUUUUUUUUUUUUUUUUUUUGUAAUUGGGACUGCAAGUAGAUUCCAAUAAAGCGCAGCUAAGUACAAUUGGUUAAAUGUUACAAUAUUGUAUAUAAAUGCAUUGAUUAUUCUAUACUUCCAAUUCCAUCUUCCCAUUUUUUUUCUGGUGGGUGGGGAGCUUGAACCAUUCGAUCAGCGAUCAUUUCAUACAAGACUUGUUUUUCUUUACUCAUUUCAUCUUGACGACUAAUUUCUAUCUCCAAUUUACCUGUUGUUAAUGCACUGUUGGCCUUAAUGGUGCCUUAUGCAAGUGACCUUGUCCUGUGGAAUGGAAUUGCUCCUUGGCAUGGGGGGUCACAACAUGUCUUGUUUAAGUGAUUGAAAAAGCUUUAUUAAGGCUCUGUUUUUCUUGAAAAUGCACCUUUUCCAUUUCUGAGGCCACUUCAACCAAGCCCUUGUAAAUACUCUAUUGUUGUUCUCAAGCAUGCAAUUUUAUUCAUUGUCACAGUUCAGAUAUUUGCCCUUGAUAUGUUGCGAAAUUUUUAAAUCUGCAACGUAGAGCACUUAAAGUUACCAGUUUGGUAUCUACUGAAUGACUUGUAAAUGUAUCGCUGUAGAGAUGUCUAUCUUUGGGGGUGUUUGCAAAACAAGAACAGGCUGUUGUGUAUGGAUUGAAUGCUUGUGGAAUGCCACCCCCCAACCAAGAAUAAAGCAAAAACGCGUAAAGAUUUAUUGUAAUUAACAAGCUGCAGUCAGACAGGCCUUGCCUUGUACUGCCUGGAUGUAAUGAAUUGCUGAAGGCUCUGCCCGCUACAGACUGCUGACUCGGGCAGUUCGAUAUUGACCUGUCUGGAUGCCGUUGUUUUAGUCCAACGACAGUAUUGUGGAAACCGUGCACAGCCAUCCAGAAAGAUAAAGAUAUAUAGUCCCCUCUUUUCAACAUUUACAAUGGAAAUGUACACGCAUGGAUUUGAACGGCGCUUGCAGAAAGCCAAUCAGUUGGCUGUGCAAUUUGAAAUGUCAACUAUAAUGUUCUUUUUUUCAGGGACCAAAUGAAUAUUUCAAUUUAUUGUAUAUUAUUCGUUAUAAGCUUGAUUUAUUUAGUUCUAAUGCUUCAUUUACUGCUUUACUACUCUAUGCUCUGAUUUGUUGAGCAAUGUAGGUUUGACAACGUUUCAAGUAGCAGCUAUGUAGAAACUGAUUGUUUCAGCAGAAGAAGUAACUUGAAGCAGCUUGUUGCCAUAAAAUCAGACCAGCCAGGGUUUUGUGGGCAAAGAACAUUAUGUCCUUCCAACAGUGGCCGAUAUUAGUCAAGUCAUAAUGGAGCCUUAAUCAAGUUUUCCAUUUGCUUUCUUCAACCAACACUUCCUAUCACUUAUUAUCUUUUCUCUCAUGAAUCCCUCGUCUAAAGAAUAUUUGUACAAAAGAAUAAAAAAAACCUUUUCUAAGAUUUUUAUUUGUUUUUGCUUUAUAUGAAUUUUAUUUGAAAUUGUUUUGCAAAAUUGUUAUAUUUCUGUAUGGAUGUAUUUUUUAUUGGAAUAAUAAGAAAUUCUUAUCAGACAAGUUUGA